CCGCUGCAUGUUCCUAAUAUUGAUCUGCUGCUUCUAUUGGAUCACAGAAUGUAUCCCGUUGUAUGUUACCUCGCUGAUGCCGAUUUUCGCCCUGCCGGCAAUGCAGAUUUUGAGCUCCGAGAGGACCUGCCAAAAUUAUUUCAAGGACACUUUGGCUAUGUUUUUGGGUAGUCUGAUUGUGGCCUCGGCCAUUGAGUAUUGUAAUCUGCACAAGAGGUUGGCCUUGAAGACAAUUCUGCUGGUGGGAUGUAGUCCCAGGAGAUUGCACAUUGGUCUGAUUUGUGUCACUAGUUUCAUAUCGAUGUGGAUAUCAAAUUCCGCCACCACGGCCAUGAUGUGUCCGAUUGUUAAGGCGGUGCUGCAGGAAUUGGAGACGAAUCAAGUCCUUGAAAUUUGGAUGCCCGAGGAUAAAGAACCCCCGAUAGAGGGCAAAAAACACCCUUCCCGUAUUUCCAUGGCGUUCUACUUUGGCAUUGCUUAUGCCUCGACAAUAGGUGGCUGUGGCACACUGAUCGGAACGGGUACGAAUUUAACAUUUAAAGGGCUAUUUGAAGGCCGAUUUCCCGAUGCAACGGAUAAAAUUGAUUUCCCCCAUUUCCUCGGCUGGGCCUUGCCUAUGGUGAUAGUGGAUACGGUGCUGUUAUUUCUUAGUUUGCAAAUAACCCACUUAGGCCUGGGGCGUCCUGAUAGCCCCACAGCCCAAGAGGUAUCACGUGGCGCCCAAGCAGCUGCCACAGUAAGGGCUGCCGUCAUGGAAAAAUAUUCCGAAUUGGGGCCAAUGUCACGGCACGAAUGUCAGGUGUUGUUUUGGUUUUUGGCCAUGAUUGCUUUGCUGUUUACCCGUUCGCCGGGUUUUAUGCCCGGUUGGGCGGAUUUUUUCAACGCAGUGGAAAUUAAAACCUCCGGUGCGGUUAUGCUAACAGUAGUGGCCCUGUUUUUGUUUCCCAUGACCUGUUUCUAUUGGGCCCAUCUGAAACCGAAAGGUCCCUAUCCAACGCAACGGGAACGAGCCCUGUUAACCUGGGAUUUUGUGCACAAUCAUGUACCCUGGGGCCUGGUGUUUCUACUGGGUGGUGGCUUUGCUUUAGCCGAUGCCAGUCAAGAAAGUGGUAUGGCCAAGCUAUUGGGUGAGGCAAUGUCCGGUUUGGUAUCCUGGCCGGAUUUUGCCAUACAAGUUGCGGCGGUUUCAUCGGGUAUUUUUCUCACCAAUUUCAGUGCCAAUGUGCCGAUAUGUAAUAUACUGAUACCCAUACUGCAGGAACUGGCCGUUGCGAUAAAAAUGAAUCCGAUUAUGUUGGUAUUUCCGGCGGGUAUAGCUACCAGUAUGGCAUUCCACCUGCCGGUGGGUACCCCACCAAAUGCCAUUGUGGCCGGUUAUGCUGGGAUCAAAAGUAAAUAUAUGGCCGAAGCAGGUAUUUUACCCACAAUUUUUACCCUCCUAAUGCUGCUCGUGAAUGUCCAAACAAUGCAUUAUCUAAUCUAUCCCUCAAGAGAAUUUCCCAUUUGGGCCAAGGCAUAUGAAUUUUAA